AUGUCAUCAUCUUCAUCUGCACAUAACUCAUCAGCUGCGUCCAUUUCCUCUCAAUCUUUUCGAGGAAAGACUGAUAUAGCAUGGGGACAUGUUCUUGAGAGUGUUGAUAAAGAUGGAAAGAAAAUAUUAUCUUGUCUUCAUUGUGGCAAGGUUACUAGAGGUGGUGGAGUAAAGAAUAAGGAAAAGGAAUAUUUCUGGAAGCAUGCAACUCCUUUUGGUGCUACAGUACAUGAAUUUGAGGGUGAUCAGUUAGAUGAAGAAAAUGAAGAGGUUUUCCCAUCACAAAUGACCAUGAAUGAAGGUGGUAGUAAUGGCGGUAAAAAACAAUUUCGAGCAAUAAGAGAAAGUAACAUACGGGGGUUAAUUAUUUUGCUCCACGAACUACUUCUAGGUCUCAGCCUUCAAUUAGGAGUGUUUUGGCUGGAAAAGAUGCAAAGUAAAGAGCAGCCUAUGUUGGAUGCUGUAGCUGCAAUUGGCCCUGGUUAUAAACAACCUAGUUACAAUGCUAUGCAUGUGAAUUUAUUGAGAGAUGCUAAGAAGGAAGUCCAAUUACUUGUUGACAAUUAUAAGAGUAUUUGGGAAGAGGUUGGAUGUACAUUAAUGGCUGAUGGUUGGACUGAUACUUACCAUAGGUCAUUGAUUAAUUUUCUCGUAUACUGUCCUAAAGGUGUUUGCUUUAUAAAAUCAGUGGAUGCUUCAGAUGUUGUAAAGGAUGCCUUUACAUUGUUCAAGUUGUUUGAGAAAAUGGCUUUAUGGGUUGGACCAAACAAUAUUGUCGAUGUUAUCACGGAUAAUGGAGCAAAUUUUAAAGCUGCUGGAAGAAUGUUGUCUGAGAAGUAUGAGAAUAUUACUUGGUCGCCCUGUGCAGCACAUUGCAUAAAUUUAAUUUUGAAAGAUAUAUCUGAGCUGGACCACAUAGUGCAUCUUGUAAAACGUGCUUCUGAAGGUUGGAAAGAAAUCAUACGACUGGGUGCAACUCGGUUUGCUACUACUUUCAUUGCAUUAAGAAGUCUACAUGAGCACAAACAUGACUUGCAAGCUAUGGUGACUGAUAGGUUUUUUGUGGACUCUCGAUAUGCCAGAAGUAGUAAAGGCAAGAAUGUUAUUCUCAUAAUUCUAGAUAAUGAAUUUUGGGAUGACAUGGGUUUAGUUUCCAAAAUUGUGGCUCCUUUGAUGCGUUUGUUGCGAAUUGUAGACUCAGAUGAGAAACCUGCAAUAGGAUAUGUGUAUGAUGGCAUGCAUAGAGCCAAAAAAGCGAUCAAGAAGUUCUUUAAAAAGAAAAAGACAUUGUACAAGCCUUAUACCAAAAUUAUUAAGCUACAGUGGGAUAGGCUUUUGCGCCACGACAUUCAUGCUGCUGCCUAUUAUUUGAAUCCAGCUUUUCAGUAUGAACGUGCAACUUUCUACAAGAAACCAGAGGUUAUGCGUGGUUUCCUUGAUGUUGUCGACAAUAAAGCAAGUGCAUUCAAGACAUAUGGGUAUAGUACCCCACACUUACAACAGUUUGCAAUUAAAAUUUUGAGCCAAACUUCAACCUCUUCGGGAUGUGAGCGAAAUUGGAGUGUUUUCAAACGCAUCCAUACAAAAAGAAGGAAUAGAUUGGAGCACCAACGGUUGAAUGAUUUGGUUUUUAUCCAUUAUAACCUGCGUUUGAAAAAUAGGAUGUGUUACAAGAAAAGCAGUUGUGAUCCUAUUGAUUAUGAAAGCAUUGACAAAACAGAAUUUUGGAUUGCUAAUGAUGAACAGGAGGGUGAUGAAUUCAAUUUAGAUGAAUUGGAGCAAGCACUUUACGAAGAAGGAUCUAUUCUUAUCGGUGUUGAUGAUCAACCCUAUUAUAAUUCAGCAGGUGGUUCACAAGGUUGUUUUCCAACUUUUAACCAACUUGUUGAUGGUGAUGAUAAUGACGAUGACUCGGAUGAUGAUGUGGAUAAUCAAUUUAGGAUGGGUUGA